UUUUGAAAAUGACGGUGAAAAGAAAUAUGAAGGAGUUGAAGGAACCAAUUAGUUCAAACAAUGUACUCUGGAGCUGAUAAUCUGAAAGUUUUCCAUACUUGCACAAUCUAUUUUAGAUGUUAGGAUGUCACAACCUCAGUUAAGUUCUCUAAUGUAUUUGCGGACUGUCUUAACUGCCGAGAUUUUGUUAGGAAUCGUUCAUAUCCUGACCCGUACAUGUCGACUUGGGUUACAUUAUUCAGGAUUUUAAUGCUCUGAAGUCACAGUGGCAACGCAAAACAUCCAGGGUUUCAAUUCAUUGGUUCAUCUUAUUCCAUUCUCUAGCAGUAGCUGUAACAGUCUGACUAACUCUAAUACUUCGUAAUUCAACUACUGCGUCAUGUGAUCUAUUCUUGCUAGCGUUGCUUGUAAGACAACAUUGUUACAUAUCUAACUAAUCUGUUUUUUCCGACAAAUUUGAGCGGGAUUUACGGGUGCUACUAGUUUCCUCAGGAAUCUGUUUCAAUUGCCUCGCUCCUGAAUAUUUAUUUCUGCGUAUUUUCAGUCUUUGUUGGUGCUGUUGGGUGUCACAUGGGUGUGUGUAAAAUUUCAUGUGACUGGCUCAUAUGAGGUUGUAGCUUCCCUCACUGUGGUAUAUUUUACCGUUGACAAACGUUUUAUGUCUCAAGUCAAAGUGUAUUUGUUCUGGACCCCAGAUUAAAAUUUUCUGCAUGAAUUUAUUCGCAAAUCCAAGUUUUAAGUCCACAAUCAAAUCAAUAAUUAGACGCUGCUUUGAAGUAAUGGAGUUGAGGGAGUGGUGUAGUGGGAUUGUUCCGUACUAUACCCUUAAGAAAGGUUUCGUCACUGAGACUUCAUUCAGAAGGGAGUGUUUUGUGAAAAAAUCUUUGAAUGGUUCAUUUUGAAACUUAAUCAUAGGGCAUUGAAGAUGUGUUGCGAUUUGCCAUCCAUCUCAUCUUUUUAUAUUUGAACAGUCCAACCGGUAGAUAUCUGUAAAGGGUGCAUUUUUUGACCGUUUUUAGAACAUAAAUGACAAGCCAAGUUGGCGUUGAUUUAUCAGUCCGAACCACUCCGUGUUUACUAUCCAAAUGGAAUACUAAAAUUUAAGCAGGUGGAGAUUUUUUAAGAUCUUCGUGAUUUCAAACCCGACAGUUGCGAAACCACAAUUCUACAAAAUAUUAUGUUCAGGCGUUUUUUAAUCUUUUGUACACAUUUCGAUAGCUGCAUACAGCUGGGAAAAACAACCCAUUUUCUAUUUAGGAUUGAUAAAGAGCAGCGGUGGAUUAUUUGCACUGAGUUAACGAGUGAGGAGGCUUAUUGCUUGAGAAUGAAGUCAAUGCAUAUACAGCCCCAGUUUUAUGCUGGAAAAGCUUCAUCAGGUUUUUGGCUGUUGUCGUUCUAGAUGCAAGGUUAAAAUUAGAUAUGAGUUUAUUGCAUGUCUAUGAAUAUCAUAAACGUGUUGAUGUUGAAAAUGUCGAUUUCUCCUCUUUAUACCAUAACCAAUUUGGAUUACUUUUUGGACGCUCAGACAUUAACUUGGCAGCUUCUAGUUCUGUGAUUGAAGGACUACCUGAUGAACAAAGAACAUCUCCAGUUCGACGUACAUUCCUACUUGUUGUAGUUUUUGACCUUAUUCUCAGUUUUAUUUUAUGGAUUAUAUAUACUAAGGAAACGAAUGAUGGCGACAUCGGUCCUGCAAUAUGGGGAGAAAUUAAAGCAUAUUCCUUCUCCAAGUCACUUUUUGAUACUGUGGUAUUAGCAGGUUUUCGAUUUAUGGUUUUGGAAAUUGUUUAUGGCGCAUUUCAAAGUCAUGCACCGUGGUGGUCAGCUGGCUCAACUGGCUUGACAAGUUUGGUUCUUAUCGUCAAAUGUUUCCUUUUCAAUUUUCAUCAGAAGAAUUCAAGUUAUCAGGGUUUAGGUUAUACUGUUUUAAUUGCGGCAUUGAUCAUCUCUUGGGUUGAAACCGGCUUCCUAAUUUAUCGUGUCAUUCCACAAGAAAAAGCUGCUCAUCGUGUGACGGUAUGCUUAAAGGAACAAGAUGAAAGUCGUAGUUUGUUGAGUUCACAGCUAGGAAUUCGAAUUCCUUGGUAUUCUGGUUAUUCUGCUCGAUCUGUGAGUAAUGCUGAUUUCUUUACUCCUCAAAGUUCAAUAUGCGGUGACGAAUCACCUACUAAACAGCAUAAACCUCAUAAUCUUGAAGCCGCUGUAGAUGUUGCUGCCUUAUUGCAUAGAACUAGUUCUCUGCAAAUAGAAAUGUGGAAUUUAUAUGAGCAAAAAGUUUGGGGUGAUAAUUCUCCCUCCGUCAGUAUUAAACAUCCUAUACUGUGUGAAACUUUACCUGGUUAUCCAGCUAAAGUAUAUCGUCUAGAGGGUUUAUUGUCAGUUUCACCGCUUAUCAUUUUCGAUGAUAUGGUCUUGAAUGUUGAUGAAAUACCUUAUUGGAAUACUAAUUUAUCCUCUGUCGAGUGCAUUCAAAGAAUAACUUCAGAAAAUAUUGAUGUUAUACAUAAUAUAGCCAAGGAGGCUUUAGGCGGCUUGAUAUCUGCAAGGGAUUUUGUACUGUUGCGAUCAUGGGGAAAACGUGAUGAUAAUUGCUAUUUUCUAUGCUGUACUUCUGUUGAACAUCCUAAAUGCCCACCAAUUUCAAAUUAUGUUCGCGCUCAACAAGUUAUUAGUGCGUGUAUAUUUCGACCGAUCGUCGGAUGUCCGAAUUUGUGCAAUGUUGUUUGGUUCUUGUGUAACGACUUAAAGUUAUCGCUUCCUAGACAAAUCCUGGAUGGAAGAUUGAAUUCUCUACUCCCCGCAAUGAUGACUGAUUUAAUCGAGAGAUCCAAAUCACUGAUGAACAGACCUAUGGAUGACUUUUUAAUUGAUCUUCAACAGCGAUCAGCUAUUGAGAAGGAAAAACAUCGCUCUAAGCGCCAUCACAGAAAGCACCAUAUUCAAUCAUAUGCCAUAGCAAAGUUAGAUUCAGUGCAAGAAGGCGUUAGUCACUCGUCUGAUGAUGAUGAUUAUGGUGAGGAUUUAAACUCUGAAAAUCGUCGACUAAUCAUUUAAACUGAGAUAAUGUCCUUUGUAUAAAACCCAUAUACUUCAUUUAUUUUUAUUCAUUCAAUGAAUUCAUUGAUGUAAUGACUGUCUGGCACUUCCAAAUAUUUGUACAUUAUGAACAAUAUAAAUUAUUAUUACUAUUGGCAUUAUUAAUAGUAUUGUUUUCUCGCGAACUAAUAUUUAACUAAGAGGUGAAAAACAGAACUGCUGAUCUACUUUAAUAUUUUUUUAAAUUGACUAACUGGUUUUCUAUACAUCCGGUUCUGUAUAGUUCUUAUUAUAAUUACUUUAUAUCAUUAUUUGUAUAUAAAUACAAAACAGUAUUUCAUUCAUUCUUACUGAUGUAUUAUAACGGGUAAUUUUUUAAAAAUUAUUUAACAUAUAGAGGUGAUUUGUUUGUUAACCUUCUCAUUGCUUAUUCUCUUUUUAGAGUUUGGAUCUUCAAUUAAUGUUUAGAAUCGAUGAUCUGCAUUUAUUCACUAAUAUAAUUCGACCUACUUUACAUCUAUCUGUCUAAUAAUAUAGUUUGAAGUUUAUAU